CACAACAAAAUCCACUCAAUUUCUCUCAACCCAGUUUCUCUCAAACCCUUCUAUCUCUCUCUCUCUCUCUCUCUCUCCCUCUCUUGAAAGUUAAACUGUAAUGGCGUUUCGGAUCUUAGAAAACGUUGAAAUAUGCAAGAAACAAGAGGGUUUCUUGGGGUCUUAUUACAGCGGGAAGGUUUUGGCUGCUGUUGGAAUAAAUCGGUAUAUAGUGCGAUACGAAACCCGGUGGGCUGAAUGUAAGACAAGGCAGUUAAGUGAAGUGGUUGAUGCCGAUGAAGUUAGGCCUUUGCCACCGGCUAUGUCAUGCACCAACUUCUCCAUGUCCGACAAGAUUGAUGCGUAUGUGAAUAAUGCUUGGUGGGUCGCAAAGGUUGUGCAGAGACUUGAUGAUGUUCGUUACUUUGUGCGCUUGGACGCUAAUGGAACUGAGUUUCAACUCCCUUCACAUAAACUUAGGAUUCAUCUUGAUUGGCAAGAUGGGAGAUGGGUUUUGCCCCCCAAUGCCAAUACCAAUACCAAUACCAUUGCCAAUAGGCCUUGAAACAAGUGAUAUAUAUAAGCCAAGCAAAUACAGGCGAGCAUUGACUUCAUACGUAUUAGGACUUCCAUCGUCAAAAUUUUCCUUUCCAUAUCUUUCACAGAUCUAUGACAAUAUGGGCUUGUCUGA